AUGAAAGCUAGAAGCACCGGAGGGCUGAACAAUAUCAACGGUAGCUCUUCUGCUGCUGAUUCAAAUGACUUGCGUGCCAAGUUGGUAUUGCUCGGAGAUUCUGGUGUUGGAAAAAGCUGCAUCGUUCUUCGGUUUGUCCGCGGUCAGUUCGAUCCAACUUCCAAGGUAACUGUUGGUGCAUCAUUUUUAUCACAAACAUUGGCGUUGGAGGAUUCGACAAUAGUGAAGUUUGAAAUCUGGGAUACUGCUGGACAAGAGAGAUAUGCUGCCUUGGCACCUCUUUACUACAGAGGAGCUGCUGCUGCAGUUGUUGUCUAUGACAUAACUAGUCCAGAAUCAUUCAAGAAAGCACAAUAUUGGGUGAAGGAACUUCAAAAACAUGGUAGUCCUGGUAUUGUCAUGGUAUUGGUUGGUAAUAAAGCUGAUCUACAUGAAAGUCGAAGUGUACCUUCUCAGGAGGCACAAGAGUAUGCAGAGAAGAACAGCAUGUUAUUCAUGGAGACGUCAGCAAAAACAUCUGAUAAUAUAAAUCAAGUAUUUGAGGAAAUCGCGAAGAGGUUGCCCAAGCCAACGGCGUCCUGA